ACAAAACUCUGCCUCGUAAACAAUGGCAACAACGUUUCUGUUGUAAAGCUUAUCCUUAAAAACAUUGUGACUUUUUAGAACAAAUUUCAAAAGUCACCGAAGUGUAAUUUUUCUUCCUCGUUUUCCCGGAAUACCCCCACCUAUCGUAGCCACGCCCACUAGAGCACCUGAGCAGAAGCAGGCUUCCUUAUGCUGUUAUUUUACAUUUUUCUACCAUCAUGGUUAUCAGGAAACCGUUUUUGAUCGCUUUUAUCCUCCACUUCUGUAUUUCUGGGACAGAAAAUAAAGAAGAUUUCAGUGGGUUCACAUCAAAACUGCCCAAAUACUCCGUUGUAAAACCACAAGUGAUCAACAGCAGGUGGACAAGGAGCCUCAAUGGGACCUCACAGACAAAAGAGGCAUAUGGAGAUAAAGUGUCUUACACGCUGAUGAUCAACAACAAAAAGCAUAUUCUUCAUCUGGAAAAGAACAGAGAAUUUUUACACCCCAAUUUUGUCCAGUAUUCUCGGGAUGCCAGGGGUAACUACAAUACCUCAUAUCCAAGACAACAUGUGAACUGCUACUACCAUGGAUCUGUGGAGGGAUACGAACGUUCAGUGGUUGCGCUCAGCACAUGCUCUGGCCUCAGGGGUGUGAUCCUCCUUGAAAAUGAGACGUUUGGGCUUGAGCCCGUUCAGGCGUCCACCACCAACGAGCACGCUCUCUACCUCCUGAAAGACUCUUAUUCUGAGCCAGUCACCUGCGGGGUCAUUAGCGAAGCGACAUCAACGCCCAACUAUGAACCCUUUGAGCCUGCCCAGUCCAUGACUUCUCUCCUAAGGAGAAAACGCGCUUUACCUCAAACCAGUUUUGUAGAGUUGGUGCUGGUCGUCGAUAACCUCAGGUACAAUUACAAGAAACAAAAUGAAACAGCAGUCAGAGAGGAGAUGGUGCAAAUGGCAAACCUGCUGGAUGGGUACUACAAACCCCUCAAUAUCCGAGUUGUGCUUGUGGGCCUGGAGAUUUUUAAGCAAAGUAAUCCUUUCAGUGUGGACGGCACUGCUGGAGAGGUGCUGGGAGAGUUUGUUAAAUGGAGGAAGAGUACUCUGUUGCCAAAGAUCAGACAUGACAUCGGUCAGCUCAUCGUUGGUCGGUCGGGGGCAUACGGCGGUGGCGUUUUGGGAAUGGCCUUCGUUGGCACCGUGUGCUCUGUUGCAAGCUCUGGAGGAAUUAACGUGUUCAGCGCAGACAACUUGAAUUUUGCUUCCACUGUGGUGGCCCAUGAGAUGGGCCAUAACCUGGGCAUGAAUCACGACUCCACUGACUGCUCCUGUAAUGGAAAGAGCUGCAUCAUGUCAGGGGGCGCCAGUGGUGCCGUCCAGUUCAGCAAAUGUAGCGAGCAGGACUUUGAGGCUUUGAUUCUCCGUGGGGGAGGCGUGUGUCUUAGAAAUCAACCUUCGGCAUCGGACGUGAUUGGCACCGCUGAAUGUGGCAACGGACGCCUGGACCAAGGAGAGGAAUGUGACUGUGGCACAAAAGAGGAAUGUAAGAAUGAGUGCUGUGAUGCUGCCACCUGCAAACUGACUCGUGGUUCCUCUUGUGCCCAUGGAGCCUGCUGUGACAAGUGUCAGCUCAAAGUGUCUGGAACUGAGUGCAGAAAGUCAGCCAACGUCUGCGAUCUUCCAGAGUAUUGUGACGGCAAAAUUGGAUUUUGUCCUCCAGACUUUUAUAUCAUGGAUGGGCUGCCCUGCCAAAACGAUGCAGCCUAUUGCUACGAAGGACGCUGCCAGACGUACGAUUACCAGUGUUUACAUCUGUUUGGAUCAGGUGCAAAAAAGGCAGAUGAUAUUUGUUUUGAAUAUGAAAAUGUAAAGGGUAACGUGUUUGGGAACUGUGGCAUCACCAGCAGUGGAAACUACAUCAAAUGUACCGUGGCGAAUGCCAAAUGUGGAAAGGUGCAGUGCACUAAUGUGGAUUUAAACAACCACCCUGUUGGUGCCCAAAUCAGCAUCGAGAUAGUUCAGGGAUCCAAAUGUAUCAAUGCAGACUUCAACCUUGGUACCGAUGUGCUUGAUCCGGCUUAUGUUAAACCCGGCAGUCCGUGUGACAAAGGAAAGACCUGCAUGGACUUCAAGUGUGUGAACGCGUCAGUUCUGGACCCAAACCGGGGCUGCGAUGCACAGACCACCUGCAGUGGACGAGGAGUGUGUAACGAUCAGGGACACUGCCACUGUGACAACGGUUGGGCUCCACCCAACUGCAACACAGCAGGCCGAGGUGGCAGUGUCGACAGCGGUCCUGCUAUGAUAGAUUACUCCCUCAGGAACGGGCUGCUGAUCUUCUUCCUGUUGGUUGUCCCUCUUCUCGUCGCUGCCAUUCUGGUGCUGCUCUACGUGUUCAAAAGGGAUUCCCUAGACAUCUGCUUGAAACAAAGAAAAAAACCACGCAGUACAGGAAAAAGAAAUGCAAAUGCACCCACAAAUGGUAACGUUCAAACAGAUGUGACAAUUCAGCCUCCAAGACAAGUUCCACCUGAAAGGCCUCCAGCUCCAUCAGUGACCUCUGCUCCCAUUUCAGAUUUCAGGUACGGAGAACUGGAUUACUGGACCAGGGAAGCAAACGAGGCUCCUGCACGACCUCCAGCUCCAGUUCAGGGCCCAGGAGUGCCCAGGCCGAUCCCCGUGAAAGACAUCGCAAGUUGAUGCUGAUUUUUGUCAGGGAUGCUGCGAGUGUGUUUCACAAAAAGAUACUGUUUUAAACCACUGUGACAAUAAGACACUCACUGGAACUUUAAUGCACUCUAAAUCUGACUGUAAUAUUUGUAUUUGUGGUGUUGGAUGCACUUUGUAAAUAUCGGAGUAGGUGGGUUUUAUUCGGUCUUCAUCACUUUGUGUUAAAUCAGCCACAUUAACUGUUUAUACAAAAAAAAGGAAGAAUUUAAGGGAUUUUAUUCCAACAUAUUUUUAAAAGGUUGUUAGCUUUGAGUGUUGAUGUUGUAAUAUUGCUCUGAAGAUUGUAAUGAAAUUAUAAUUUAAAUUUACUUUACACAUAUGAGCUUCUCAUGAUAUAUAUUUCCACAUUUGGUUAUUUAAUUUAUGAUGAAGACAGCUAAAUUGCCUUCAAUUAGCUGUUGAAGACAAUUUAAUUAGCUUCUUCCUGAAACAAAAACAUGAAAGUUCUUUUGAUAUUGAUUUUACUUAAAUAAAAAGAUGCUGGAUAUCUAUUUCAA